AUGAAGGAAAAUCAAACAGCAGUCACAGAAUUCAUCCUCUUGGGAUUUUGCUUCGGUCCAAGGAUUCUCUUGAUCCUGUUUGGACUUUUCUCUCUCUUUUACUCCUUCACCUUGCUAGGAAAUGGGGCAAUCCUGGGGCUCAUCUCACUGGAAUCCAGACUGCACAGCCCCAUGUAUUUCUUCCUCUCACACUUGGCCGUGGCCGACAUCGCCUAUGCCUGCGACACAGUGCCCCAGAUGCUGGUGGACCUCCUGGAUCCAGCCAAGCCCAUUUCCUUUGCUGGCUGUGUAACACAGACUUUUCUCUUUUUGACACUUGCUCACACUGAGUGUCUCCUGCUGGUGGUGAUGUCCUGGGACCGGUAUGUGGCCAUCUGCCACCCACUGCGAUAUUCUGCCAUCAUGAGCUGGAGACUCUGCACCAUCUUGACCAUCGCUUCCUGGACCUGUGGCUCACUCCUAGCCCUGGUCCAUGUGAGCCUCAUUCUGAGGCUGCCCUUCUGCGGGCCUCAUGAAAUCAACCACUUCUUCUGUGAAAUCCUCUCUGUCCUCAAGCUGGCCUGUGCCGACACCAGACUCAACCAAGUGGUCAUCUUUGCAGCCUCUGUGUUCAUCUCAGUGGGGCCCCUGAGCCUGGUGCUGGUCUCCUACACGUGUGUUCUGCUUGCCAUCCUGAGGAUCCAGUCCGGAGAGGGCCGCAGAAAGGCCUUUUCUACCUGCUCCUCCCACCUCUGUGUGGGGCUCUUCUUCAGCAGUGCCAUUGUCAUGUACAUGGCCCCCAAGAGCCACCACCCCGAGGAGCAGCAGAAGAUCCUUUUCCUGUUUUACAAUUUUCUCAACCCCAUGCUGAACCCCUUCAUUUACAGCCUGAGGAACGCAGAUGUCAAGGCUGCCUUGAAGAGAGUGCGACACAGAACAAGCAAUGCCCAAGUGAUCUGA